AUGACAAUCAAAACCUACGAUAAAGUUCUUGAUUUUUGGUUUGGUCCAAAAUCAUCCGCCGACUAUCUGAAACAGAAGUCCUUCUGGUACGGCAGUCCUACAGACGACGCCUACGUGCGUAAAAAUCUAGGCGACUGCUAUGAAGCAGCCAGAAACGGCACUCUAGACGAGUGGAAAGACAUCGGAAACGGUGAAGGGGCUCUAGCUCUGAUAAUUCUUCUCGACCAAAUACCUCGCAACAUCUUCCGAGACACCCCGCAAGCAUAUGCGACAGACACCAAAGCAAUUGGGGUUGCGCGACACGCAGUGGCCAAGGGCUGGGACAAGCAGAUGCCCGAUAUCCAGAAACGAUAUUUGUACUCACCGUUCAAUCACUCUGAGAAUUUGGAGGAUCAGGAGAUGUCAGUCAAGUUGUUUACAGAGCUAGGGGAUUCUUAUCAUUUGCACUGGGCAAAGGAUUUCUAUGGGCAGAUUAAGCGGGAUGGACGAUUUAAGCACAGAGAUAAAAUUCUAGGGAGGUAG